GCAGGCCCCGCCGCCGCCGCCGCCGACGACGACGGCGACUCGCCAGGCCGCCGCCCCUCGCCGGUUCGCCCCACCCGCACGCGCCAGGCCACGGCGCACCGUCGCCCUCGCAGGAUCGAGCCUCGCCGCCGCCCCUUGCUGGACCACGCCGGCUCUCCUCGCUGGACUGCGCCGCGGAGGGUUGUGCCGAGACGCCAGAUCGCCGCCGCGGAGGUCUGCGCCCCAUCGCCAAGUCGACCCUCGGCCGGUCACACAGCUCCAAGAGGCGAGAAGGGGCUUGCGGAUUGCAGCGGCGCUCCCUCGCCUACGGGGACUGCCUCUCUCACGCAUCGGCGACAGCGCUUGGCCGUGGGUGGGAGCAGCAGGGGGCGGAGGUCGAGCGGCACCCCCUGUAGGCUCUAGCUUGAUUCUCCAACCUCCAAGACCCCAAAUUCAAGUUACUCUACUGCCAGACCACACAAAGAAGAGAGCACUGUGGUACCAAUGGGCAUGAAGUUCAGAGUUGUUUGCAGGAAAUUGUAUGAUUACGUCAGGUAUGAUCUUAAGGAGAUUGCUUUUCCUUCAUCCUUGCCAGAUCCUCCACACAUCAAGAAGCGUCGAAAGCUCACCUGGAAAGAAAAGUGGUGUGUUCUGAAGGAGGCAACCAGGCUGUAUGGGGCUUCUUGGGUCAGAGACAUUGGCCCUGAGCUCAGACCAAACGACUACAAGAAGGCCAAAGAGGAACCUGACAUCAAGACUGAGGAGGGAAGAAGCGAACCUACUGCUGUUGAGGACUUCCUCGGCGCAUUAAAGGGUGGUGCAGAGAAGGCUAAGCCUGCGUUACAGCGGCUGUACAUGGCUCGCGCCUCAAACUACACAGAUGCACUGAAGAACUAUGUCGAGUCCUACAAAGAAGGUCUGAAAGAGCAUUUGGAGGAAGAAGCCAUGGUUAAAGGUCAUCGGCAAGACAAUGAGGCAACAAAGCCACCGCAGUCACCGUCAUCCUGAUUUUGUCUGAAUGUCUCAGGUGUGAUCUGUGAUGGCACAUUGAAGUUUCAGCACGGCGUGUGUAUGUGUUCAACCUGAGUUGAGACAUAGUAGCAAGAGGGCUGUCUAGGCUGUAGACUGAAAGAAAAGGCCGAAUAGUGAUUUUCAUCUCGAUUGCAGCAUGCUAACUGAAAACAAAGCUGCACUAGUGUCUACUUGAUGAAAACUUACUGAAUAACAUUAUUUCUUUUCUUUUCCCUUUGGUUGAACAAGUUAGCCUUCUACCUUACUUCUUAGAGCAGGUACAAUAGCAGGUUAUAAGCUAACUAUAAGCAUAUUUUAA